AUGGCACCAAGGUCAGCAUCCUCCGGGUCGAACCCUCGCUGGAAAGCAGUCGAAGAGUACACUUCGGCUCAUCUGCUCAAUCCCGUGCGCAAUAUGCACCAUGAUAUACUGGAGUUUGCCCAUAGAAACUCACUGGAAAAGGGUCUGCCAGAUAUAGCAGUUGACCCGUCCCAAGGGAAGUCCUUGUCCAUACAAGUCCAACUCACAGGAGCGAAGAAUAUACUGGAAGUCGGGACCUUAGGAGGCUACUCCUCCAUUUGGCUGGCAAUCGGAGCUGGCAAGACUGGGAAGGUCACUUCGAUCGAGGUAGAUCCGCACCACAAAGCUGUCGCAGAAGAAAACAUUGCACGUGCAGGCAUGAGCGAACAAAUUUCUGUGUUGCUGGGCACAGGCACAGACAUCCUACCUCGGCUGGUGGAAGAAGUCAAGAAUGGCAAACGCGAGCCGUUUGACUUCGUCUUUAUUGAUGCAGACAAGCAGAACAACUUGGCAUAUUUCGAGUCGGCUCUGCAAAUGAUCAGACCCAGAACAUGUAUCUACGUCGACAAUGUGGUCAGGGGUGGUCGUAUUGUUGAGGAGCAAGCGAUACAAGAGGACUCGCGUGUGGCAGGCACACGACAAUUGAUUGAGGCUGUUGGCAAGGAUGAUAGAGUCGACGCAGUUGUACUCCAGACGGUGGGAUCGAAAAAUUAUGACGGAUAUCUACUUGCGGUUGUCAAGUAG